AGCUUGCAUAAGAAGAAGAAGAAGAAAGAAGAAAUGUACAGAGAACUAGAAUAACAAACAGAGAAGUUUCCCGCCAAUGUUGAACUAUCUCUACCCGCAAUAGAAACAAGUACCAGUCUAAUUCUCCUCCGUGAUGGGAAACAAGUAAAUUACGAGAAGAAUGGAAGCUAAAAGCAGAAGAAGAACUAGAAGGCCGCUUUCGGACUGCACUAACUCCAUUGAUUCUCUAAACACUUCUCAAUCUUCUUCAACCUCUACCAAACAUUCCUCUUCUAUUAUCAAACCCAGUAAAUUCUUACCCACAACCACUACCAAACCAACAGAAACCCAAAAGCAAUCAACCACUGGAUGCACCCCUCAAAACGACAACCCCCCAUCAAACCCUAGUACCGUUUCUCUUUCCACGCCUCCUCGGGCUGGUACUGCCAGUCAUAAGGUUUCUGAGCCAUGUUCAGUUUACACUCGGAGACAAUCUGCAGAUAAGAGGAAAAGUAAAGGGAAGGAGGUUGCUGUACCCAUGAGUUGCUUUCCUGCAGUAAAGACUCGAUGUACUAGGGGUGAAGGGAAUGAAGGUGGAGUUACAAAGCUAUCCAAAUCCUGUACAUUGCCUUCCAAAAAGAAGCGACGCCAGACUAAGGAAGAUGGUGCCAGUCAUGCCUUGCCACAGGAUUUUAUCGAGCAGCAAAGAGCUUACUUUGCAGAAAUUGAUGCUUUUGAGCUGCCAGAGGAGGAAGUUACUUCAGUUGAUGACUUGGACUGAAUAAAUGUUAUAUCAAGUAUAUAAUUCUGGGUGAGCCAACGACACUUCAUAAACGUGGAAUUUUGACUGUAUAGUUGAGAAUAGUUUAGUUGAUCUUGAUACGUUCUAGUGUAAUGACCAUCUAACAAACUAUAUGAUAUAAGUGCUUUCUACU